AUGUCACACAAUCAAGGAGUAGAAGCACUGGACCACAGCUUGCAAGACAUUCGAAGAAAUGGGACAUUGAUGGGUGGAGUGGUCAUUUUGCUCGCUGGUGGUUUACGGCAGGUACUGCCAGUUACGGAGCGUGGUACUGCAGCAGACGAGAUUAACGCCUGCCUCAAGGAGUUACCGUUGUGGAUCAAGGUCGGUGAAGGACGCAUGCUGGCGGAAGCCAACGGCCUUAUAACUAUUACAAGCGGAAUAGAAAAUAUUGUAAGCUCGGAAGAUAUCCUCAUGAUUAAAGUAUUGCCAUACUUAGAACAAACCCUGGUCAAUAAGGAUUGGUUGUGUGAAAGGGCUAUUUUGGCACCCAAAAAUGAAUUAGUUGGAAAAAUCAACAACAACAUGAUGGGUAAAGUUCCGGAUGAAAUCAGUAGUUAUAUGUCAUUAGAUACGGUAUUAACAAGUGACGAAUCAACUACUCACCUCGAGAAGUUCCAUAAUCCACUGAAACGCUCAGGGCUGCCGUCUCACAUGUUGGAGCUAAAGGUUGGUGUGCCUAACGUACUAAUACGCAACAUAUACGCACCCAGACUAUGUAAUGGUACCAGGUUACGUAUCACAAAGCUGAGGUUGUACAUCGUACACGCCACCAUCCUCACCGAAGAGGCCAAGGCAGAACAGGGAACAGUGAUUGAAAGUUCACCAACUAGUGGUAGUGUUUAUCCGAUCAUUGAUUACUAUUUGGGAACAUCAGUCUUGUGUUUAAUUGUGCUGUUCCGUGCCUCUGCAGAAGUCUUCAACGCUGAACAAAGAACUCAUACCUACUCUCACUAG